AUGUCAUUGAAAGACAAGAUUUUGCUUCGUAAUAUCAAUUACCAGGGUACGUUCUACAAGAAGUUCCCUCAACUUUACAAUAUCUACCUUAUUGGUUUGAUCUCAUGUAUUUCCGGUCUUAUGUUCGGUUUUGAUAUCUCAUCGAUGUCGUCGAUGAUUGGUACCAAGGAGUACAAGAGAUACUUUGGUCAUCCAGAUGCCACUAGACAAGGUGGUAUCACUGGUGCCAUGUCGGCUGGUUCGUUCCUGGGGUCUUUGCUAUCUCCAAACUUUUCUGAUACUUUUGGUAGAAAGAUGUCUAUGCAAAUCUGUUCCAUCUUGUGGAUCGUCGGUUGUAUCAUCCAAUGUGCUUCUCAAGACGUUGCCAUGUUGGUUGUUGGUCGUGUGAUUUCAGGUAUGGGUAUUGGUUUCGGUUCCUCUGCUGCUCCAGUGUACUGUUCUGAGAUUGCUCCUCCAACCAUUAGAGGUCUGAUUUCCGGUCUCUUCCAAUUCUCAGUCACUGUCGGUAUCAUGAUUUUGUUCUACGUCGGUUACGGUUGUCAUUUCAUCAACGGUGCCGCCUCCUUCAGAUUGACAUGGGGUUUGCAAAUGAUCCCAGGUUUCAUCUUGGGUGUUGGUGUCCUAUUCUUGCCAGAAUCCCCACGUUGGUUGGCUAACCACGACCGUUGGGAUGAAGCUGAAACCAUUGUUGCCAACGUUGCUGCUAAGGGUGACCGCGAAAACGAACAAGUUAAGUUCCAAUUAGAAGAAAUUAAGGAACAAGUGUUGAUCGAUGCUGCCGCCAAGGACUUCGCCUUCAAGGACUUGUUCAGACCAAAGACUAGAAAGAAGACCAUCGUCGGUAUUUGUGCUCAAAUGUGGCAACAAUUGUGUGGUAUGAACGUUAUGAUGUACUACAUCGUUUACAUUUUCAACAUGGCUGGUUACACCGGUAACACUAACUUGGUCGCAUCUUCUAUUCAAUACGUCUUGAAUGUGAUCAUGACUAUUCCUGCUCUAUUCUUGAUCGAUAAGGCUGGUAGAAGACCUGUCUUGAUCAUUGGUGGUAUCUUAAUGUUCUCAUGGUUGUUCGCUGUCGCUGGUUUGUUGGCCACGUACUCUGAUCCAGCACCAGGUGGUGUCGAUGGUGAUACUACUGUUACUAUUAGAAUCCCAGACAAGCACAAGUCCGCCGCUAAGGGUGUCAUUGCAUGUUCAUACUUGUUCGUCUGCUCUUUCGCUCCAACCUGGGGUAUUGGUAUCUGGAUUUACUGUUCCGAAAUCUUCAACAACAUGGAAAGAGCUAGAGGUUCCUCUGUGUCUGCUGCUACCAACUGGGCAUUUAACUUCGCAUUAGCAAUGUUUGUUCCAUCUUCUUUCAAGAACAUCUCAUGGAAGACAUACAUCAUUUUCGGUGUCUUCUCUGUUGCAUUGACCGUCCAAACUUUCUUCAUGUUCCCUGAGACAAGAGGUAAGACCUUGGAAGAAAUCGACCAAAUGUGGGCUGACAACAUCCCAGCCUGGAAGACCGGCAGCUACGUCCCACAAUUACCAGUUGUCGAAGACGAAGAAGGUAACAAGUUGGGCUUGUUGGGUAACCCACAGCAUCUAGAAGAUGUCAACUCCACUGAAAAGGGUUUGAUGGACAAGUCUUCUUCUAACCUUGACUCUAACAGUCAAUCAAACAACUCAAACUCAAACUCUAACUAA